AUGGCCCCACGCCCCUUCCCGUUGCUGCUGCUGCUGCUGUUACUGGCGGGCUGCACCGCGCGCCCCGCGCCCGCAGCCGGCUCCAGGGGCGUCCCCGCGCCCAGGGCCCCGCGACAUUCCGACGGGACCCUGACGAGCGAGCUGAGCCGCCUGCGGGACCGCGCGCGGCUGCAGCGGCUGCUGCAGGGCCUGCUGGGCAAGCGCAGGUGA